AUAUUCGCACUUCCUUCUGCCAGGAGAACGAACCUCAAUCGUUGUCUGCCGACGAAAGGACUUCGCGAUGAAGUAAAUAAACAGAAAAUAAAAUGAAUACUAUUGAGAAGAAGCUAGCGGACUUGAUACGUGAACACCCGAAUUUAUAUGACCAAUCACGUCGGGACUACAAAGACAAUCUGAAGGGACAUUUGUCGUGGAGAGACAUCGCAGACGACAUGGGAAAGUCGGAGGAGGAGGUGAAAUUGAAAUGGAAAAAUCUACGCGACAAGUUCUGUAAGGCGAAGAAGCGAAUGGCCAAGAGAAGCUUCCCUCUGCUGACAGGCGACGAGAACCUGGUGGAGAGGCCCGUCCCGGUGCUGUACCACCAGCUAGCCUGGCUCAGCGCCUACGUCAAACCCAGAGUAGAAACUGGCAAGGGAGAGACCGACGAGGUAGCUGUAAGUGGUGAGGAUGUGGAGAAAGAGCGAGAUAAAGAUGAGAAGGAGCAACAAUGUCCCCUGCCUGUCGUUAGUACUAGCUUUUCUCUUGUGGAGUCCUGUCCAAACAAUCAUCAGGAGAUGGGAGUCUCUCUUAAACGUAAAAGGCAAACCACCACAGAAACUGAGAUAAGCUCUGCAGAUGCCCUGACCAACCUCAGAGAUGAAGAUGAACUGUUUCUGCUCAGCCUUCUGCCUUCACUGAAGAGGCUUACCAUUAAAAAAAGAAUGGAGGUACGGAUGAAAUUCCAGCAAGUGCUUUAUGCUGCAGAGUUUGAGGACUAAAGGACUCAUUAAAAGGCAAUACAAAUUGUAUGAUCAGUGUUAGUUGCUUUUGGAAUAAUUCUUCAAGCAUUCAAUCCUGUAAACAGAUUUUUUAAAAACCAUUAUAACUUUAAUAUUUAUUUUUGGAUCGCCACUGCUAUUAAAAAUAUCAAUAUGUAGAUGUCUCUAA